GGGACUCUGGCUCAGGCAACCAAUGGCUGGACCGCGCCCGCCCGACUCCAAGAUGUCAGCGCUGAGGCCUGGCAACGGGGCUCCCGGAGGGAGGCGGUGAAGCGGCCUCGGCCGGAGGCUUUGGGCCCCACCGCUCCGGCUCGUCCCCUCCCUCCCGGAGCCGGCGGGGUGCUCGGCCUCUGCCCCCCUAGCCAUGGCCGCGGAAAGCAGCAAGCAGUUCUGGAAGCGGAGCGCGAAGCUGCCGGGCAGCAUUCAACCUGUCUAUGGAGCUCAGCAUCCUCCACUGGAUCCCCGGCUUACUAAAAACUUCAUCAAGGAACGGUCGAAGAUCAGCGCGCUACCCAUGAAGAAUAAGAAGGCCAGCAGUUUUCACGAGUUUGCCCGUGACACCAGUGAUGCCUGGGACAUUGGGGACGAUGAAGAUGAGGACUUCCCAUCUUUCCAGACUUUGAACUCUAAGGUGGCCAAGGCCACAGCAGCCCAGGUGCUGGAGAACCACAGCAGGCUGCGUGUGAAACCCGAGUGGCCCCAGGUGGCUCUGAGUGACGCACCAACCAAUUGUAAGGUCAUCAAGUCCAAUAGUGAAGCCCAGCUGUCCAGAGCGCCUGAGGAUGCCUGUGUGCGCAACCCCCUCCACAAACAGCAAUCCCUCCCACUCCGACCCAUCAUUCCGCUUGUUGCUCGCAUCUCUGACCAAAACGCUUCAGGAGCUCCUCCCAUGACGGUGCGUGAGAAAACUCGCUUGGAGAAAUUCAGGCAGCUUCUGUCUAGUCACAACACCGAUCUAGAUGAAUUGAGGAAAUGCAGCUGGCCUGGGGUCCCCAGAGAGGUCCGGCCUGUGACGUGGCGACUUCUAUCAGGUUACCUCCCUGCCAGCAUGGAGCGAAGAAAGCUGACUUUGCAACGCAAACGAGAAGAGUAUUUUGGUUUCAUUGAGCAGUAUUACGACUCCAGAAAUGAGGAGCACCAUCAAGAUACAUACCGGCAGAUCCAUAUAGACAUUCCACGGACAAACCCCCUCAUCCCUCUGUUCCAGCAACCACUAGUACAGGAGAUCUUUGAACGAAUCCUGUUUAUCUGGGCCAUCCGACACCCAGCCAGCGGCUACGUGCAGGGGAUUAACGACCUGGUCACUCCAUUUUUUGUCGUGUUCCUCUCUGAAUAUGUUGAAGAAGAUGUGGAAAAUUUUGAUGUAACAAACCUGUCUCAGGAUGUGAUGCGGAGCAUUGAAGCAGACAGCUUUUGGUGUAUGAGCAAACUGCUAGAUGGGAUACAGGACAAUUACACGUUUGCACAGCCGGGGAUCCAAAAGAAAGUCAAAGCACUGGAGGAACUUGUCAGCCGUAUCGAUGAGCAGGUACACAAUCACUUUAGGAAGUAUGAAGUGGAAUACCUGCAGUUUGCCUUCCGCUGGAUGAACAACUUACUGAUGCGGGAGCUUCCUCUUCGCUGCACCAUCCGCCUUUGGGACACUUACCAGUCUGAGCCAGAGGGAUUCUCUCAUUUCCAUUUAUAUGUCUGCGCUGCAUUCUUGAUUAAGUGGAGGAAAGAGAUCUUGGAUGAAGAGGACUUCCAGGGCCUUCUAAUGUUGCUACAAAACCUUCCCACGAUACACUGGGGCAACGAAGAGAUUGGACUCCUCCUCGCCGAAGCCUACAGACUCAAGUACAUGUUUGCAGAUGCGCCCAAUCACUACCGCCGAUAAGGGCCAGGGAUCCGCCUCUGCUCCCCAUCAUGCUUGCCCGAUCCCAAUCACUGUGGCAAUGCAUCACCCGAGUCCUCGGAGCCACUGACCAGGAGCUACUCUGCUGUAAAAAGCUCACAUUGGACCUCUGUCUUAACUUUUGCGUGUGCCUGCCUACCACUCUGUGCGUGGAUGUGCCACUCAAACUACCAUUUGUGUCCUGUGCUGUGACGGUGACCUGAGCCCAGGGUGCAGGGUGGGUGGGCAGGGGCUGUAAGAAUAAACUGAGCCUCUGACUGCCUUUCCAAGCUCCAGCGUGGGUCAUCUAAGCCUCUUGUUAACCCGCCUAAGCACAGACACAUUCACACACUCCCAGCUGGGCCUGUGUUCUUCUCCUUCUUCAGAUGCCGUUCAAUCAAAGUCCCCAAUGAAGAUGCCUUACAAAGAGUCCUGCCCAGGGGAUGGCAGUGCCGUUGGACACAAGAAGCUCUCAGGGCUUAGCUUCACUCCACGUGUCUGAAGAAGUGCACCAUUUCAAAAGGUUAACAAGAGACACACACACACUCGCGUAACACUCCACUCGCUGCGCAGUUGCGCCUCUCUGCAUACGGGGGCUCGUAUGUGUUCAAAGGCUGUCUUGUCCACGCACAGUUGGGAAUGACACAAGUGAUAGGACGCCUCCUGUGAUUGACUUGAUUGAUUGAUUGAUUGACUGACUGACUGAUCUACUGUGUGCGUUGAACCGGAGGGCGUAAGGGUGGGGGAGCUGUGCUUCGAAAAGGAAAUCCUUUCUGUGACAAUGACAUUCCUCCAAGGCAUUAUGUGUAUAUUGUGUUCUUGUGUAUAUGGGUAAAAGAUGUACAAUAUACGUCUUCUGUUUGUAGCAGAUAUGAUUUUAUAUUUAUAACGUGCGUCCCAAGCGUAUAAAGGCUGCCUAGGUUGCAAAUAACAGUGGGCCUGCUGCGUCCCCCGGUCACCAGGGUGUCAGAUCUGUCGGCACAUCUGCACUAGCUCAUUUCCACCCCUGUUAUGCGCAUUUUGUUUCUGUCCAGAAAACUUGACUCCAAAGCGAAGCAGCAUUGCAUGACCUCCAGUGCCAAGGAAGUGAAGGGUUUGAAGAGAGAGGCACGUUCUGCUGGAACAGGCACCUUGGACCAGGUGGAAGUUGACCUGAAGGGCACCCACCUUACCCCCUCCACACUCCAGCAUGCCCUUAUAACAAGCAUGGCAGCCCUCUGCUCUCAAGUAGUGCAGCAGCAGCAGCAGAGGCCAUUCUUGUACAUUGCUGUAGCAAGUCUCCCUUGCACAUUGCUGUAGUGAGGAAAAGGGUCCUCGCCAGCACCUCCUGGCUUUCCUUCUUCCAGCCCUAGCGAGAAUCUUGUCCUUUGCUUGAGCAGCGGGGAAGGCAGUUGGGCAUCUUGCUGCAAGGCUUCUGAACUGUUCAGAGGAGGUAGGAGAUGGCUUCUCUCCUAAGCUCCCUUCCUCGUAUCUCUCCCCCACCAUUGUCUCAAUGUGAUUUUCAUUGGGGAUAUGGAGAAUGUUUUUCAUUUUGAACUGUUUCUUCCAGCCAGCAGGCGCAGCCUCAUUAGUGCCAAGCCUGGACCUCUGGGGGCAGAUCUGCUCCCUUAGGCUGAGGUCCUCUCCUUGCAUUGGGCCAACCUUUGCUGUUCAUCCCAUCAGGCUUCAGACUGCGCCCACCUCUGUUUGUUUUGUUUUUUCCUCCUGGGACAGAGAAAGAGAAGCCGUCCAGUGAAGGCACCAGGAGGCAUGAGAAGGGUGAGGGCCUUCCCACCAUUCAAACACCCAGCAGUGUCUCUCAAGUUGCUUUCCUCACCUGGAAUUGUUUUCUCAGGCAUUCUGAUUUGAUUUUUUUUCUUUUGUGUGUGUGCCUUUUGUUGUUUCCUCCGAGACAGCGACCUGGUGGUCAUUAGUUUAACAUGACUAAUUAAAAGAGAAAACCAUC